AUGGAAUCGAUUGAUCAUGGAGAUGUGUUCAACCCAUCGGGCCAUCACAACAUCCCCAACGAGUACAAUCAUGAACAGCUUUUGCGGCCGCCGAGAAUCACUUUGAGAACUUUGAGCAAGAGCGACCCACAUCUUGACAUUCCUCAUCUGCUUGUUAGCCAGGAUGACGCUCAUCCAUCGCUUAACAAGAUUCUUGGCAAUCUUCAACACGUUCAUGAAGGUUUGAAGACACCGGUGGCUUCGCAUCCCAAUCUUCAGGCUCUUCGUCAGGAGCACGAGAAUCCGGAGAAGUCAAGCUCGGCGGCUCUUCUGGCACAGGACACCAUCCUUCAGCCACCAAUUCGCAAAUCGUCGUCAGCUAUUGAUUGGAACGGCGCCGUUGUUGAAGCGACACGAAAAGCAUCCAGGCAAUUCGAUUGGCAAACCGCCCUCUUCGAGAACAACCGUAAGCCUAGCUUCACCAACCUCGGACUUUUCAACACGUCGACGUCAUCGUCGGCGGGCGGUUUGGUGAUGAGCUCAUUCGACAACAAGCAAAAGGAAAUGUCCGUUGUUGCUGCUGCUCAAGCUCAAGCGCCAACCCAGACGCCUUUCACGCAAACUGCACCAUCGUCAUCGUCAUCGGCCACUACAACUACUGCUCCAGCAACUGUUGCUCCAGCUCCGCCACCAGCACCACAACAGCAAUCGACAGGAAUGUUCGGUGGAAUGUUCCAUAGAGGAUUCUUCUCGAAACCGGUGAUCCGAAGCGAUGAGGAAAAUUAUCGCUACUUGUUGGCGUUGGACCGCUAA